AAUGCCAAACAAAUUUUGCUCCUUUCCACGUUUCUUCUGAUACUAAACAAACUACUUUUUCCGUUUCAAUUAACAUCACGAGAUUCAAGGGGUGACUCUGCUUCGUUUUUAUCUAUUUAUAUUCAUCUCAUUCCUUCAGCAAAAUCAAAAAAAAAAAAACUUUUAGCUGUGCAAAAGCUUCAGAUGUCUCUCAAAUUCUUCAAACCCCUUUUUGAUUCUUUUCCAUGGCCCCUACAACAACUCAAUGUUGAGCAAAAGGGUGUGUUUUUCUCCUGUUUUCUUGGGUUCUUAGCUUUACUUUGGUGUUUCAUCAGAAACUCAAACAAGGGAUUGCCACCAGGGCCUGAAGCUUUGCCCUUGAUAGGUAAUCUCCAUUCUCUUGAUCCUGAACUUCACACCUAUUUUGCAUCUCUGUCCAAAACAUAUGGCCCCAUUUGUAGAAUCUGGCUUGGUAAAAAAAUUGGGAUUAUUAUUAGUUCGCCUGCUUUAGCUCGCGAGGUUCUUAAGGAUAAAGAUACUAUUUUUGCAAACAGAGAUGUGUCUGCUGCUGGAAGAGAAUUUUCAUAUGGUAUCAAUGACUUACUUUGGAGUCCUUAUGGACCGAAAUGGCGAAUGUUGAGGAAGCUUUGUGUUCGCGAUAUGCUUAGUUCUUCUAGUAUAGAUUCUGUUUAUGGACUAAGGAGAAGGGAGCUUAGACAAUCGAUCAAUUACUUGUAUAGUCAGAAGGGUUUACCAGUGAAUAUCGGUGAACAGAUGUUCUUGACUUUGCUUAAUGUGAUAACAAGUAUGUUAUGGGGUGGGACGAUGAAGGGUGAGGAAAGAGCUAGUCUUGGAGCUGAGUUUAGGAAUGUUGUAACUGAGAUAGUUGAUUUGGUCAGUAUUCCCAAUCUUUCCGAUUUUUACCCGGGCUUGACCUGGUUUGAUUUCCAGGGUGUUAUAAAGAAGAUGAAAGUGGUUCUAAAAAGAUUUGAUAAGCUAUUUGAAAGCAUGAUUGAUCAAAGACAAAAAUUGGACAGAAAUGGAGUUGGCCGAGAAAGCAAAAACUUUUUGCAAGUUCUGCUGAAGUUGAAAGAUGUAGCAGAUGCCAAAAUGCCUCUGACCAUGACUGAAAUCAAAGCCUUACUUAUGGAUAUGGUUGUCGCUGGAACUGACACAACCUCCAACGCGGUUGAGUUUGCCCUGGCUGAAAUUUUGAACAAACCAGACGUCCUGAGGAAAGUACAACAAGAAGUAGAUACAGUUGUGGGAAAAGAUAAUAUAGUAGAAGAGUCUCAUAUUCAACAGUUACCGUAUCUCUAUGCAGUGAUGAAAGAAGCGAUGCGCAUGCAUCCAGCCCUCCCACUCUUGGCUCCUCAUUCUCCUAGUGAGACAGUCACUGUUGGAGGAUAUACUGUUCCUAAAGGAUCUUGUAUUUUCGUAAAUGUAUGGGCUAUACACAGAGAUCCUUCUAUCUGGAAAAAUCCAACAGAGUUCCGUCCUGAGAGAUUUUUGGACAAUAAAUGGGAUUAUAGUGGUAAUGACUUCAACUAUUUCCCAUUUGGUUCUGGAAGAAGAAUGUGUGCGGGGACAGCCAUGGCAGAGAGGAUGUUCAUGUAUUCAUUGGCUUCGCUCAUCCAUUCUUUCGAUUGGAAAUUACCCGAAGGAGAGACGUUAGACCUUAAAGAGAAGUUUGGUAUUACUUUGAAGAAGAAAAUACCUCUGGUGGCUAUACCUACUCCAAGAUUAUGCAAUCCAACAUUGUAUGAGUAAGAUUUUAAAGAAAAAAAAAGUAUCAGUGUUAAGUGUUAUGUGCUAAUGUGUAAGUAUCAGUGUUAUGUGCUAAUGUCUUUCAAAGACUAAUAUUAAUGAGCAUUGAAUAAUUCUAAGUUUCCUACUUA